AUGGUGAUAUUUCUUGACGACACUGCAUUGUUUUUGCGUGAAUACCAUAAUCGCAUGUAUUCGGUGCUGGCCUACUACUUAUCGCACAUCUUAGUCAGGAUACCCGUAUCGAUGUUAAUGUUGCUGAUUUUUGUAACAAUUGUCUAUUUCAUGGCGGGCCUGAAUCCCGAUCCCCAGGCCAGCAGUUUUCUUGUGAACUUCCAGCAUGAUAAUAUACCAUGCUACAAUAAUAGCCAAUCAAUGGGACACUGUUAUGGCAACGGUUCAAAUGUGAUUACUUCCCAGGGUUUCAACGAGACUGAUAUCCAUUGGGAUUCAUUCGCGUUGAUAGCAAUGGCAAUUGUCUACUUUGUGCUAGUAGCUAAUCUAAUCACGAUCAUUGAGUCCAAUGGACGUCCUGUUUGUGAGAAUUACAUAGCGAAACAAAAUUAUAGUAGUAAUAUGAGAGUUAUAUUAGAAAUCAAUGAGACUCGUAGGGGCAAUAGUAGUGUGUCAGGCAAUGUUGCGCCAGGUCAAUUAUUGGCUAUAAUGGGACCUAGCGGUGCUGGCAAAACGACCCUGCUCAAUGCACUCACCGGUAGAAAUAUGGGCAAAAUGUCGGUCACCGGAGAUGUGCUGAUAAACGGACGGCCGGUAAACGGGCGGACUCUGGCCUCCAUCUCGUCGUAUAUCCAACAAAACGAUUUGUUUUAUCCAUUGCUUACCGUUAGAGAACAUCUCAUGAUUAAUUUAAACCUGGCCAAAUGUUCAGAGACCAGAAUUGGGGGUUAUUUAUCAUUUAAGGGCAUUUCCGGCGGAGAAAUGAAACGAUUGUCAAUCGCGACAGAGAAAUUAUUUUACUUAUUUCCCAUUACUGUCUGCAUUAGUGAUGAGCCGACGAGUGGUUUGGACUCAUUUAUGGCCGAAAGUAUUGUACGGCUAUUGAAGACUAUGGCCUGUGAGGGCCGGACUAUUGUCUGUACUAUACAUCAGCCGUCGUCUCAAGUGUUCGCACUUUUCGACCACUUAUUACUGAUGACCGACGGAAGGGUUGCUUUCAUGGGAACCAAUGAUAAUGCGAGAAAUUUUUUUGCAACUCAUGGUUAUAUUUGUCCGCUGGCUUACAGUCCCAGCGAUUAUUAUAUGAAUCAAUUGGCAAUCACUUCUCAACCAGAAACACGGAUAAAUGCCAAUGGAAUAUGCGAUAAAUUCGUUGAAACGGAAUAUAUGACAGAAAUUGUGGAUGAUAUCAAUCAAACAAAAAUGGACUCGGCUAAGAUUGGUAACAUUUCACCAAUCACAGUUGAUGAUUGCGAUGGAUUUAACAGACCAGGCUUAUGGUUGCAAUUGACCACGCUAAUUAUGCGAUGUUACCUGUUGUCCAUACGUAACACCGCUGAUAUUGUGGCUCAACUGAAUCGCUCAUUGGCGAUGGGAAUAUUUAUUGGCUUAAUAUAUCACAAACAGUACCCGAUAUCCAGUGAUGUGAGCAAUAUUAAUGGCAUAUUAUACAUGUUAAUGGAAAGUUCCAUGUUCUUUGAAAUGUUUGUAUUUAUGGGGAUAUUUCUUGACAACACGGCGUUGUUUUUGCGUGAAUACCAUAAUCGUAUGUAUUCGGUGCUGGCCUACUACCUGUCGCAAAUACUUAUCAGGCUACCCGUAUCGAUGGUCGUACCAGCCAUACCUAAUAAUAUACCAUGCUACAAUAAUAGCCAAUCGAUGGGACACUGUUAUGGCAACGGUUCAAAUGUAAUCAUUUCGCAGGGUUUUAACGAGACUGACAUCCAUUGGGAUUCAUUCGCUUUGAUAGCGAUGGCAAUUGUCUAUUUAGUGCUAGGUUAUUUUGGCAUGUUUAAAUAA